AUGCUGACAAGAAGUACACGGAUAAUUUUCGCAAGUCUUUUCUUCCCGGAUUGUGCUGACUAUAUCCUUGACAUAGAAACAAGAAGGGAGUUCUUCCUCUCUCUUGCUCUCUACAUCAAUGAGAAUGGCUGCCUGAACAACGAUAAGUACGAGUAUGACCUGGCAUGUGACGUGGCAGAGGCCAUUGCCAGGGCCCUGUGGGAUGACAACAACAGGACUCGAGACCAGUAUGACGUGGCAGCUAACGCGGUUGCUGAUGCGCCUGACGUGGCGACUGGGUAA